AUGUCUGUCGAAGUCCUCAAGACCAUCUCUCCCACCACCAAUGAGGCCAUCCUCACCCGCAACGGCGUCUCCCAGGCCGACUUAGAUGAGCUUCCCAACACCGCCACCAAGGCUUUCGAGUCAUGGAGCAAGACCUCGCUGGCCGACCGCAAGACCAUCGUCAAGAAGGCUCUGAGCCUCCUCCUCGAGCAAAAGGAUGACCUCGCCCAAGAGCUUACCGUCCAGAUGGGCCGCCCUUGUGCCUACACCGGCGUCGAAAUCGCCACGGCGGUGAAGCGCGGCGAGUACCUCCUCAAGAUUGCCGAUGACGUCCUCAAGGACACCGACGGCGAGGCUGAGAAGGGAUUCAAGCGCUUCAUUCGCAAGGUUCCCGUUGGCCCGGUCCUCGUCCUCUUUGCCUGGAAUUACCCUUACCUCAUUCUGGUCAACUCGCUCAUUCCCGCGCUAUUGUCUGGCAACACCGUCAUCUUGAAGCCCUCACCGCAGACUCCGACAAUUGUGGAGCGCGUGGCCAAGGUGUUUGAGGAGGCCGGUCUCCCGGCCGGCGUGCUGCAGUACUUCCACUGCGGCUCUCCCGUCAUGAUUGAGUCCAUCGUGCGUAACCCCAAGGUGAAGCUCGUUGCCUUCACCGGCUCCGUGGCCGGUGGUCUGGCCGUGCAGCAGGCUGCGUCGGACCGUGUCGUCAACGUCGGUUUGGAGUUGGGAGGAAAGGACCCGGCCUACAUCCGUAGCGAUGUGGACAUUGACUGGGCCGCGGCCGAGAUCGUCGACGGCGCCGUCUUCAACUCGGGACAGAGCUGCUGCUCCGUCGAGAGGGUGUAUGUUGACGACAAGAUUCACGAUGCCUUUGUCGAAGCCGUCCAGAAGGUUCUCAAGGGGUACGUGCUCGGAGACCCGUUUGACAAGGGCACGCACGUUGGCCCCGUCAUCUCAAAGCGUUCCCAGGAAGCCAUCGAGUCGCACAUCAAGGACGCCCUCUCCAAGGGCGCCACUGACGCAACCCCCGAGAACGAGUCCUUCAGCAACCCCCCGCCCAAGGGCAACUUUGUCAAGCCCACGCUCCUCACGGGCGUGGAUCACUCGAUGACCGUCAUGACGGAGGAGACGUUUGGACCGGUGAUUCCCGUCCAGCGGGUCAAGAGUGACGAGGAGGCUGUCAAGUUCAUGAACGACAGCGAGUUCGGCCUGACGGCCAGCAUCUGGACCAAGGACACGGACCGCGGCUACGAGCUCGCGGACCAGGUCGAAGCAGGAACCGUCUUCGUUAACCGAUGCGAUUACCCCAGCCCAGUGAGCAUACCCUACAAGCAACAAACAUGCCAUUUCUUAUCUAUCCUUGGCGAUCAUCCGACCUGUAUUCUGCCCGCUCCGAUCACUAUCCUCCGUGUUUGUUUGUCUCCGGUCCCCACCCUUUCCCCAUUCCUUAGCCCGAUGCUCCCCCCCGCCCCGAACGCUAGAGUUGGCAAAGUGUUAGGAAGUUCCGACUCGGAGCGGGUAGCCGCAUUUCAUCUUCCUUUUCUUUUGUUGUUUUAUCUGCCUGCCGGCUUUCGCAAACUCUAUACACUCGCCAGUCGUUUUUGUUUUCCCACCAGCCUGCAAGCCAUCUUCGACCUAGCGUGGACGGGUUGGAAGAACUCCGGCAAGGGGCAGACCCUAAGCCGCUUCGGCUACGAUCAGUUUGUCAAGCUCAAGAGCUACCACUUGAAGGACUACCCCAAAUGA